AUAUUUGAAGCAACCUUGGUAUUCAAGGAACUCCUAAGUAUACACUUUAGAAGGAUGAAGAAUUCGGUCCUCUGUUUGGAGUGAAUUCGGAUGGGAAACCUAGAUAAGGACUGAAGAUCCUACCAGUUGUAUAUUUUUGGAGUUAAGGUGAGUUUUUGUGCCUUUUUUCCAUCGUAUUUUGACCCCUCGUCCACAAUCAACGCUUACACAUGCGACAAGAAACAACGCGCUACAAAAUUAACAACUUAAUAAACAAUUUCAAGCGAACAAGACCUUUCUUUUGUAUUUUUCCUCGCAAGAUACUUACCGUGCAUGUAAAAUCUCGUUUGAGAUAUUGCGCGGUAUGAGAAAAUCCUUCUGAUAGUUGUGUAGAGAGAAUCGGGGUCGCAGAUAUCACAAGUGCUUUGUUUGGUGGUCGAAUGUAUUUUUUUUUACACUGGUCACUACCUGUUAAGAAAUGGAUCUCUAGCGCUUUUCUAAGCUUUUCAUCCGCUCUCCUUACUCCUAUUAAGCAGAGGUGCUAAAUACCGUUUAAAUCAUUAAUCGUGGCCAGAUUGUUCUUCCAGUUGCUAAAUUACACUGAUCACAAAACAUGUCGUCAACCUUGGCCCAUAUCCGGAUCGUAUGUCUUACUGCGCCUUUGAUAGGUUUUAUAUGUCUCUUGAAGGUCAACGGUUGAUACGCUUAUAAAAUGGAGGGUAGUUAACUAAUCCAUGAAAGAAUUGUCUUUGAAGGAUUAAUCUAAUUUUUCGGCUUUCUAAGCGGAGUUUCAUGCCGGACUUUGCUUAGGUAAUCAAGAGGUUAAAGUUUUCAGCGAAUAGUGUUGCCAAUAUUAAUACUUCGGUUGAUCGCUCACCACUGUAUUGUGUUACGAUCAAUCUAAUGACAACAAUUUGUUAGAGUUUAUGUCAGGGAAAUGCCUGAGGCGAUGUCAUCUGUUCAAAAGUUAAGGAUUUGUGUAAUGCCUAUUAGGCGUAUUGACAGGAAGUUUAAGAUUGUGUUCUACCACAUUUUCAAAACCCUUAAACUUUAUGAUUUCUGGUUUUUACAACAAGCUACCAAAGAAUCCUAAAUGGCAGGCUAGUAUUUUGGAAUGCAGAAUGUGCAACUGUUUUUCACUUGCAACAUCAGUACAUUCAGCCAAAGAGACAACUUCCUCUGGCAUUACGUAGCCUCUUAAAAGCCACUGAAGAUGAAAACAACAAAAUUUACUAUAAAAUGGAUUACAAUUCCAAACCCUCAACUAGGGCCAGCAGGUUCCUUGGCCCAACAUGCUUCAUAGAGUGUACAUUAGGAGAGAUUGAACACGAGGCUGCUUUUUUCAUGGGCAAUAAAAUUAUCAGAAAGCCUCAAGUUUUAAAUUUUGUUGGCACAGCUGGAUAAGCCUUGGAACAAUGUUCAUUGAUGAACUUUUUAUGUUCUAAGUUACUAUGAUUUUCAGUUGAGUGACAUGUGAUAGAAGUUUAGAAAGCAUGUUGUGAUGUUAAAUCAUGUUUUUGUUAUGGGCAACUGGCUCUGUUUCCAGCAGCAGUGUGUCAUGUACCUUCUUUUGGUGGGCUCUUAUGUUUGAGGUUGGCAACACACAGCUCUUGAGAUUCAUUUUCCUUUGGAAACAAGGAAGGUUGCCUUUGACAUUAAUUUUAUUGUCAAAUCCUUUAACCAAACAUUUCUGUGCCUCACUUGAUUGUAGUAUCUGUCCAUUGUACCUCCUUUCUUGCUCAUAAUCACAUGAAGCACAAAAAAAAUUACAUGAUAUUUUCAGAGACAUCUGAUUCCUGAAGCAGCUAGAAACUGCUUGAUAAUUUGGAGAGUGAUAAAAUUAUACUUAUCCAAACCAAAAAUUUUGUUUUCAGUUCAUUAAUUAGUGUAUAAUGUUCAAGAGGACAAACUCAGAGCCUUCACCUGGGUCCCAGAAGGGUCCUCAGACUGACUCCACCCCCAAAGGAAGGUACAAGAGUGUACUACUGACUCCUUCACAGAGUUUGCCAUCAUCACCCUCAGCUCUCACACCAGGGUUCCUACGUUCAUUUGGUUUUGCUAACACCAGAUCAUCAUCACAACCAGGUAAGUUUGGAUCAACAAAUAUUUUUAAUCAAAUUAGUCAGCAUUGAAUUAUUUUUAAUUAUUGAAUUUUUUUAAUUUUAUUUGUCAAUGUGAUAUUAUUAAUCAUAGAUUGGAUUUGAGUAGAUCAUCAGAUUGAUUAGUAAGUAGUAUUUUCGAGCCAGAUUCUGGACAUGAAGUGGUCAAUUAUGACAUUAAGUGGUGGUGUUUAUUGUUUUUUGUAAUACCCCUGUUAUAUGGAGCCUGUAUCAAGCUGUCAACCUUAAAUGAGCAGUCACCCUGCCAUUCCCCAUGGAUGACCCCUUUAUACCAGUUUGAUUGUAUUAAACUAAAGUGUUAUUUGAUUAAAAAAUUGAUUGAUUGUAUGGCAGUUUAUUUGAUCUUGUAAUUCAUUGUUUUGUUAUGUUUUUACAUUAAUUGCUUGCAUUAUAAUCCUUUGUCACCCUCUUACUUACUGAGGAGAAUUUUAUUUUGUGUUACAAACAGAAACUCCCAAGUCUCACAUGGAAACCACCCCACAGACUCCAAGCACAAUUGAUGAUGUUGAUACUCAGUGAGUAAAACAUAUUAACAAUAAUAAAUAUUAAUUACAAUUAGAAAUCCCCAUAUUUCCAGACAAUGAUAUAAAUGACCUAUAGUUGGUUGUGUUUCAUGUAGGUUGUGAGGUUUAAUGCCUUUAUUAAAUAUUAAAAUUAUCUUCAAGUGAGUUUGUUACAUACACUCAUAUGAAUAUGGUAAAUGUGUUGCUACAACCUUUAAGCAGGUUACCAUAGCAAUAAUAAAAAUGACCAAUUAGCUUACUUUAAUAUUAAAAAAAAAGAAGAUAUUGAACAGUUUGAAAUAAUUUCCAGAUCUUUUUGUUUUGUAAUUUCCAAUCAUAAGGGCAGACUAAGAUUUACAGGCAAACUAUACCAUUAAAAACUUGGGGAUUAAGCAAUCCUUGACAUUUGCAGUUUUUCUUAGUUGACAGUGAAUUUGUAGCUCUAAGCUACCUUAAUGUGUGUAUUUAGAGUAAUAAUGAUGGUACAAUUUUUAGCUUGGUAAUGAAGUAGAAAAAUGUUUUUUUCAAAAUUUUGUAUUCUAUUUAUACAUAUGACAUUUUCAACACUGCUGACUCUAGCAAUGUGCAGUGUGCAUGUCACCUAGGAAACCUUAGUAGUAGUGGCCUUACUCAUGAGGGGUCUCUGAGGCUCUGUGGUAGAGCAUGGGGGGUAUGAGGCUUGAUUCCUCUUUGGGACUCAGAAUUUUUUUUCUUUAUCCCUUGCUUAUGACAAGAUGAAAAAAGAAAUCUUUCUCUAACGUAAAUGUUAUUUACCAUUUUAGUUUUAUUCAUUUAUAAUAGAGACAUUUAACCUACUGAUUUCUUCUCCACAGCAGCAAAUCAGACUCCAGCACAUCCCUGUCAUCCUUAAAUAGUGUUAAAGCUGGGUUGAGCAGUUCACUGCCAAUGCAAAAGGGAAGUGUCAAUGAAGAAAAACAUACUGAUCUCUCAGAGUCACAACUUAAUUUCCUAUCGCACAAUUUGUCAGAGAUUGCUGAUAAAAUAUCACCUUCAAAGUAUGAUGAAAUGAAUGAAAUAGAAGUAGAAUCUUUGGAAAUACUGAAAGAAGAGACUUUAAGGCAAUCAUCCCAAGCAGAAUUUCCAAGCAAUGAACAAACAAGAUAUAAAACUCCAUAUUCAAGACGUAGCAGGGAUAAUAAAUCCUACGUUUCUAAACAAAAGAGUUUUACCCGAAAAAGAACUCAGGGCUAUCAUAACUCCCAUCAAGAAGUGAAUAACAAUGGAGAAGUAUCUUUGGAUGCUUCCAAUGUUCUCACCCUUGGAAAUGCUGCAGAAACAUUUAAACAUGAUAGUGAGAGUGACUCAGGCUAUAGCUCAUCUAUGUCGACUUCAAUUAGUUUGAGUGAUGAAAGUGAAGCUUCCAAAAGACUUAGCUCGGGAAAUGGAUCUGCCACAGACAUUGAUGGUGAUGAGUUUGCAGUAACUGAAGAUGCAGAUCUUACAAGGAAAAAUUCACUGGAUAAAGAAAUGAGAAAUAAGAGGCCUGCACCCCUUUUGGAACACAGGGACUCUAGUGAUCUCCAAGAAAGGCUGGAUUCUUUAAUUCAGGGUGUGUCAACUGGAAUGGAUGAUUUAACUUUAGAAGGAGGACAGUUAACAAAAAGUGAUGUUCACUCACAUGGGGAUAGGUCAAAUAUCUUGGAGGAACCAUCACCAAACUUUAUAAUAAAUUUUACCAAAACUCAAGAAGAUGAUCAGUCUAAGACAGAAUCAAAAGAACAUUCGAACACUGUUGUAAAACCACCCUUUCCUUUACUCAAGGGCAAGGUGUCUUCAGAUGACUCAGCAUUACCAAGAAGUAAAGCCGGUAAAAGACCAGGUUUAGUACGACGCAGGACAACCUUAGUUUCUUUUCGUCCACCAAAACAAAUGGCUGCUCAAGAAGGAGAAGGUGACAUUGUUGAAAUGGAUGAAGUGGGUUUCAUGCAGUUGUUGACUGAUAUUAAAUCUCUUAAAACUCAGUUGCUUAAACUGAAGCGUGAACUUCAAGAGGUAAGUAUUGUUUUGUAAAAUACGAUGAACGGUGAUGGUGUUGAGUGUGACAGUCUUAUUGGUAACCAUAUGAGAUAUAUGAUGUAUUGACAUAUCCAAUUCUGUUAGUUAGGUGAUAUGCAAUGUCAGGAGGAUUGCUUUUGUCCCUAAUUGCUGUUUGUUAACCAGUUAGUUAAUUACAUGAUGCAGAGCAGAUUUUGAAAUUUGGAACUACUGAAAAACAAAUUCACCUGAGAGACAGAGAAGGUGGCUUGAAGCCUGGAACUUCCAGUUAUCAAGUGCAGUUAUCUAAAGUACUUGACCACACCUCCUUCAUGCUGUGGGUAACAUGACAUAUAUUGUUCUUGAAGGCUGAUGUCGUUUCUCCACUGAUGCAUUCGCACUCCUGUAUGGCGAGAAGAGCAUCUGUAUCUGUUGAUUCUGAUCCAGCAAUGGAGAGAGCAACUGCGUCACAUAGAAAGGUAUUCAUCACAGCUUGAGGUUUGAGUGAAGUGUCCAGGGAAAAAUGGACGCCGUUUGUACUUAUAUUGCAGGGGGAAAUUCCACUGUGGUCGUUACUGGGCAUGGAAGGGUUAAGAAAGCCAAAAGCGCCACGAACUUGUGAGCUUGCUUUCUUGUUUUGAUGCCAUGUAGCUCAAUAAGAGAAUUUACACUGAGAUUGCAAAGUCACAUAUUGAGGUCAUACUGUUUUAGCACAAUUCAAAUUCGCAUAGUCGACGAUGAGAAGUUGUUUUAUCAAUUUUCAUCACCGCGGUUCAAAUAAUACGACGAAAAGUAUGGGAGAUGCGGUAUCAAUAAUUUUGCAGGUUAAAAAUAACUAUCUCUUUCAUAUACACAGAGGAUGUUGAACAGAACUAUGACUAUGGAUCCUUCAGCCAUGCAAGAGAGGAUACAGACCACCAGAGCACGAGUUUCCUCUAUGUCUUCUAUGGAUGAAAGAGGAGAUAGUCCGGACGAUGUCACAGAGAUUUCACACUUACCAGUACCUAGUAAUUCAGAGCAGACUAAGUUAGAGACAGCACCCCCUGUUAACAAGCCAGAGGCUGCGUCAACAGGGGCUAGUGUUGAGGAAGUGAAGAAACUUCACGACGAACUAGGCGAAGUGAAAAACAAACUUCUCGACCUCACUCAGGUUAGAAGAAAUUAUGUCAAGAAGUUGUUCAUAUUUUAUUACUGUGAACAUCCAAGUAUGAUUGAUACUAUUGGAAAUGGUUGAUCGGCUCAAUUUAACCCUAACACAAUCUAUUCAACGAUGUUGAAUAGAUUGUUAAUAGGUUAGCAUCGCUCGACUCUAUUACCCAGUUAGCAAAUUACAUUGAUUUUUGAACUUAGAGUCCUUUCCUGCUCAGCCUAAUACAAUAUACAAUCAGACCUGAUAUACAACUGUCUGUCUUUUCUCUUCUCACAGUGUAGUUAAUGAAGUCUCCAGCGUAUCAUUUUUUGUAGCAUACGGUAGUUUCCUUGUUUCCUUUUGCAAAAUUUGUCAAUUCUGACAAGAUGGUCGAGGGGAGACUACUGUACUUUAAAGCGAAGUUGAAAGACCUCAGCAAACGUAUCCUUUUUUGCAGGAGAAAACUUCACUUGUGAUUGAAAGAGAAGAACUCGAACAUGAACUCGACAGCAAGAAUCACACGAUCAGAAUGCUUCAAAAACAACUGGUAAGAACACAAAAAAAAACUGUUAAAGCUACUGUUCCUCUACUGAUUGCUACUCAGCCUCUGGAUAGACUUUAUUUAUGGAAGUGACCUGUUACUAGGUUCACGUGAUAAACUUUUUAAAGAAAAUUUAAGGAGAAAUUACCCAGCUUUUACGUUUUGAGAAAUUGUGUGAAUUUUUACAAGUUUCAGUAUUGUUCGCCAACCUUUUCAAGCUUUUUUAUUGUGGUUUACUCUUUCCCUACUGGUGUUAAUGUGCCCCGUAGAUUUUUUUCGGUUUUCUUCCAACAAGCGACAGUUUUGGACGACUUAAAAAACAAAACGAUAGGCCUUUGCAUAUAUUAUUUUAUCAUUUGUCUCAUCAGGAAGCCCAAGACAAUCGGGACGAGAUAGCGUACUUCAAGAGACAAGUCAAGUCACUCACAGAUCAGAUACAACAACAGCAACAGAAGAUCACAGAACUUAGAUAUCGGUCGACCAGCCCCGGUCCUGUCCCCUUGGGAUCGGUAAGUGUUUUCUUUUAAUCCAUUCACCCUGCUGUCAUUGUAGAAAGGGGAAGGGAGAAGGGGGUAACAGAGGUGAAGACCAGAUUUCUAAGAUAGGGUAGGGCCCCAACACUAGCAUAUCAGAUUGCUUUGUUAUUUUGCGUUUCUUUACCUUCUUUCAAACUCAAGCCAGACAAUUAUAGUAAAAAUAAUGGAUAGAGAAUCCCUAGUUUCUUUUUCCUUUUGCCAAUAUGAUAUAAGCAAAUGAUAAGUGAACGUUAUACUAAUGUAUCAUCGCUUAACAGGUUCCAAACCUUCAAAACAAAAAGGAAGCAAUAAAAUCGGACAUCAGGUUAGUUAAAAUGAGCGCAGGUUUACAAUAUUUUUUACUUACCUCGUUAGACCGUUCAGUAGUCUGGGUUAAAAGAGUCGUUUCAUUGUUUUUGCUGCUUCAUCAGUGGGUCAUCAUGACGAAAGUAAUUUUCGGUUUUCACGGGCCAGGUGACUGUUUUGCUCUACCUUUGGUCUACUAGGCUCAAGUACAAGCUGCUGUUCAGGAAAUGAGCCCGCGCUCAUCUCCCCGAAACUAACUUCUCUGAAGGAUCGAAGACCGGUCCCGAGAAAACGGCGAAUGUUGCGUGACUCUUCGUUUGCGUCUCGUGAUCUUUCUGGAGAGUUCUUAAUGGUGUUCUUGAUAAUCAAAGCGAUUUCAAAUCGUUUCAAUUAGGUUCCUGGCAUUAUGAAAUGGUUUGUAAUUUUUAUGGGGUUCCUGGUAUGUGAAAUGGUUUCUGUUGGUUUUAAGGGGUUCCUGGUAAUAUGAAAUGGUUUCUGAAAUUACUAAUUUUAACUGCAGUCUGACCAAAGUCCUUUGUAGACUGUUGUAAAGCGCCAUGAGCAAACAUGGAUAUGGCGCUAUAGAAAUACAUCAUUCAUUCAUUCAUAUGAAAGGGUUAAAAAGGUUUACAUUGAUUUAUAGGGAAUUCGUUUCACGUACUGAAGGGUUCUCAAUGGUCUGAUAUAUUUUUAUUUAUAUAUUUAUUAGAAACCGUCUAAGGGAUGCUUUUGUGAGACAUUUGGGAGAAUCGUCAAAGGUUGGUAACUUGAAUUAAAUUGGCUAUUUUGAGAUCAAUUGUUUUGAUUAUUUUUCCGUCUAACGUGUCGUAUGGUUACGGUUUCAUGUAACCGAACUGAACUGAGAUGUCUUUGGUAGAUAGUGAAUUGAUGGUAGGGGAAAAUCGUUCUUGCAAAAAUUGAUUUUGCAUACUGUGAUUUUAAUGAUCGUUUUAAUACUAAUAAUAAGGGUAAUGAUAAUCAGUCAGGCUUGGUAUAAGGCUGACUUGUUCCUAGUCGUCUUAUCAUCAAGGGCGGCUUGGGAUUGUAAGGUGUGAUGAGUGAAAAGUGCGAGAGCGAAACCACUUCGCUACUGCCCUUUAUAAAUUCGUUCGCCAUCUUGAAAUCAGGAUUUCUCAGAAGUUUAAGCUCCUCUCCCCCGCCGUUUUCCUACACCGCGCACUUUGUGGAGACGACUGGAAACGAGUUGGGAGGAGUGACACUUUUCAACACUAUACUGCAGUAGUUGUCAUGACUAUUCACCAUCAUCAGUCGUACCAUCCCACAUUCGUCAUUGAUCAUGUUGUAUUGUUGUAUUGCGUCCUGUUUUCAGAGUCAUGUUCAGCUGAGCAAACACAUCCAGAAAGCGGAGCAGAACAUCAGCAUGGCACAGAAAGGUCUUAUCUCCUUAUAUACACCACCUGUCCUAUCACCUCACGUCAGCACAGAGCAUCUGCCGAAAGGUGGUCUUCACUGCACUUUACAUCAGUCAAUGUACACUUCUCACUUACACGAGUAGCUGUGUUUCACUUGAGGAUCAUGCAAUCUUUUCCAUCAAUUUUUUUUUUUACUUUCAUGCGGUGAAGCACUUCAUAAGAGUUGUAUCACCUAUCACAACGGUGACGAAAACGCCCCCUGUACAUUGUCAUAAUUGCCACAGAAGAUCAUUUUCAGGAGAUCACAUCUUUGCCUCGCCUGUCAUUUCAAAAAGAGUUUGAAGUUGCCUUCAUUAAGCUCUUUGGUGUCAUACAUCCACGCACUUUGUUCAUAGCCCUGUGGCAAAAGGCGGUCUUACUACUUUGAUUUUAAGCUUGUGUAUGUUGAUUGAUAUUUUAUGACGUUCAAACUAUGAUGGCGUUCAUUACACAAGCACAAAUACGCUUGCGAGACAGUCUUUGUAAAUGGCGUCACGCAAAGGUUGUGUCUCAGAGGUUUCUUCUUUUGCGUUAGAGCGCAUAUUAGGUGCGUAUUCAUUGUUCGUUUCUCUUUCAGACAAAUCGAGACCUUCGUUCGAAAGAUCCGACUCACAGUCAAGUGUCGAAAGAGGUCAUGAGGACUCGGAUGGAAGAGAAUACGAAUCGGACUCGUCAAAGUCAAGCAGCCGACGAGGAAUGACAUCUUCGGGAAACGUAAGAAACAACGAAGACUCGGGUUCGGAGGCUGGAAGAUUUGGGAGGAGACGCAAAGCAUGUCCAAGUCAGGACGAAUCCGAUGGAAGGGCGUCCGAUUCAGAUUCGGGAAAGACGAACAGACGACGAAUUGCAUCGCCACCAUUGGAAUCAACCUCCGAUAAAUUGAACAAGACAAUUUUAGAAUCGAAUUCAUCCACGCCAGGGAUACAGAUUGAGGUAACAGACGCUGGUAAAACCAGUAGACAAUCCUCUUCGGCUUCACCUCGAACAAGAAAAUUAUCUCGAUCAAAAUUAUUUAGCAAGAUAGAAUCCUCACCUCUGUCACACUCAUGGACGCCCGGCGCUAUCGAGAAGAUUGUAAAAUCAUGGAGAGAAGCAAAAUCUCCUGAGGUUCAGGAGAAAACGAAAGAGGAAGACGACUCCCUUAAACCUGAGACCCAUGUUCAGUUUUUAUGAAAAUUACUUGUUAACCCUUUCACUCCCAAGAUCUCAUCGGUAAUUCUCCUUUAUGUCUGCCGUACCAUUCUUAUGAUGUUAGUUUGGAGAAUUUGGUGGUGGAUCGGCAAAUAAUCCUUAAAUUGAUACUCUUCCUAAUUCUCAUCACCUGUCAGCUUGAUAUUUCGUUGAUACUGUAAGGAGAAAGUCUGUCUUGGUCAAUCAUGGGAGUUAAAGGGUUAAGAAGGAAUAUACUUUUUUUAAAUAAAAGGUACAUGUUUCUUGCCCAGGCAAAUUGUGCUGAAUUUUUCGCGAACCUUUUCGGGCUGAGAAUAUAUUUUUUACAUUUUUAGUUUUAUCACUUUUUUUAGCCCACUUUUGAGAUUUCGAUUUCAUUUUGUUUUGCUUUUCCAUCAACACGUAAAAAUUCAUUCAUGAGUGUGUUCACAGCUCUGGUUAUACUAAGUUCUUCUGUAUAACUUCACCAAUUUCUGCUUCGAUUAACUAGAAAAGUAUGUAUGAAAAGAUAGGGGUGCAAGUGCACCUUGACUGCCACCGUUCACCCUACGACCAGACUGAUCUGGUUAUUGAAGUGUACUCGAGUUCAUCGAUAUUUCAGCUUCAGUCAAUAUUUUCCCUAUUUUCAUGUUACAAUUUUUACUCACAAUCUUUUUAUGCGCUUUUAGUCGAUCAUGCUGCUUUCCUGCCGCGAUAAAUUUCUUUCCUUUUAUGUAUUAUCAUUAUUUUUUAAUGUAUCCCUUGUUUCUUAAUCAAGUGUGUUUCGGAAAGAGGUGAUAUUUUUCUCGUUAAGCUCGACUGUCGGCAUAAGGUUGUCGUAGGUAUAUGUGUGUUGUUUAAACGAUACCAUUUGUAAUGUAUUCUGUCACUUUAAUGAUGAUAUAUGCUGACAACAUGCCAUGAUCGUGAACAAAAACUUUUCCGUGAGAAUUAGUUGUAACGUCAAACUGGUUUUACUGGGAAUACAAUGAUUUGUAUUGAACUGUCAUAUGGAUCAAAGUCAAAUUUGAAGAUAUUUUAAGAGCAACAGAAAACAUUCGAAUGCGUUAACUUGAUUUAAGUCAGUUAUCAUGAAAUUAAAAGAAAAGGGCCCGCACUAUGGAUGAAGUCACCAUAAG